AUGGUUUUCGUAGUAGUGUUCGACGUUGCGAUGUGUCUGGAUCCGAGCAGAUCAGCGACAUGCUACGAAAUAACAGAGCAUUGGCUGAAAAACAUUGCUACCUAUGCUAUUGACAAAAGAACGCCGCCUAUAAUCUUGGUCGGCUCCCACCUUGACCAGGUGUCAUCAAAUAAAGAAAAACAGGAGGAAGAGUUUAUAAAAGUGCUGGAAAAGCUACAAGAGAACCCACAGUUGUGUGCGAUCAUGCAAAACCAUGUUCAGGACAUGGUCCCUAUUGCCGAUCUUAAUGACUCUACAAUUAACAAGGACGUUUACGAAGCAAUGUGGGAAACGCUUAUUGAUGUUGCGCCACUUCAGUCCCAGUGGCAAAAGGCUCAGCCCGCGAGAUGGGUGGCAUUGGAGCACGAACUCGUCCGGUUAAAGAACAGAGGAAAAAUCAUCCUGACAUAUGAAGAAUUGCUAAACGUCAACCGACAUUUACCGGUGCCAUUGGCUGAAAUCGAAGUCAUGGAUUUUCUAAGGGCCUUAAAAUUCGCGGGGUCAUUUCUCUGCUUUGAUCUCUAUAGCAAAAACCCUUUCGCAAUUCUUCAGCCCCAGUGGGUCAUCGAUGCCUUCAAGGCAAUCAUGACAGCACCAAAGUUCAAAGUCAACCUACCGCCGAAAAUGAAACUUGAGUGGACAAAAUAUGAAAAAACUGGUGUUCUGUCCGUGGAAUUCCUCACACAGCUUUGGAAAGACAGGUUCCUUGAUGAUAUGGAUACACUCAACAUCGUGAUGGAAACCCUUAGUCUUCUAGCAAAGCCAGUCUCAGAUGAUCCUAAUGUAGAGGUUGACUACUUUAUAGUGCCAAGUAUGCUACAAACUGCGGAUCCUCAGAUGAUUCAACAAAUACUUGAUGAUCCUAAUACUGUCACCACUGUCACUCUCUGUCUCAUGUUCAAACACCCGUUCAUCCCACAGGCAGUGUGGGACAAGAUGAUUGCCUCCUGUAUACACAGGUUCCAGCGACUGAAGGAACCCGAGUAUGACGGCUCAAAGUUCAUCCAGCGCGGCUUUGCUAGUCUGACGGUGGAUGCUUUGUGGAACACGGUCAUCAACUGCAGGGACAAUGCCAUGAAGAUCACAAUGUUCAAGAGAGAUACGGAUAAACUAACAAAAGGAGCUGGAAUAAACUUACUGAAGAUACUACACUUUCUCAUACAAAUUCUACCUCCACAAUGA